AUGUGGGAAAAGGGACAAUUAGGAUCAUCAUUGUUAUCUGAAAAAAUACCAGUUGAUCCAAUGAUUGAAACCUCAAUUCCAAUUGAUGAAGAUGAAGAAAAAAUUUUAAAGACUGCACAUGUUAUUAUUGUACCUCCCCUAAAAUUACAUAAUAAUACUACUGCUUCAACUAGUAAUAAUAAUAAUAAUGACAACAACAAUGGUAUGUCUUCACCAUUAUUAAUAAAUGGGAAUCCUAAUUGUAAUGACAAUACAAAUGAUGAAAAUAAUGAAAAAUCUCUAAAUAUUAGUAAUAUUAAUAAAAAUCAUCAUACACCAAAUUAUAAAGAAAGCAAGAAAACGACAAAUUUUUCUUUUAUCAAAAAAAAUCAUAAACAUCGUAAAGUUCCAAGAUUAGUUUCAAAAAAUGGGGAAUGUCUAAUACAACCUGUAAAUCUUCUUAAUGCCAAAGAAAUUAUUUUAAAAAAUUGGUUUCAUCUUAUAAUAGAAUAUUCAUGGAGGAGUAUAUUAACUGUCUUUGCUGGAGGUUUUUUAAUUAGUUGGGUAUUUUUUGGUUCUAUUUAUUAUUUAAUUGUUUAUUUGAAUGGAGAUUUAAUGGAACUUAAUGAAAAAAAAGCAUGUAUAGCUAAUGUUCAAAGUUUUUCUGGAGCAUUUUUAUUUAGUUUAGAAAGUCAACAUACAAUUGGAUAUGGUUUUAGGUAUAUGACAGAGAAUUGUCCAAUUGCUCAUUUUAUUCUUUGUAUUCAAUUAGUAGUUGGGGUAUUUUUACAAACAAUGCUAGCUGGUAUUGUUGUGGCAAAAGUUUUAAGACCAAAAAAAAGAAAACAAGAAAUGCGUUUCUCUCAAUUUGCUGUUAUUGGUCCUGUUCAUGAUCAUGAUCAUAGACCAGCAUUAAUGAUAAGAUUAGCCGAUAUUCAACAUAAACUUUACCUAGCAGAAAGUCAUGUUCGAUUAUAUAUGGCUUGUACAAAAAUUAAUAAGAACGGUGAAAAAGAACUUGUUGGUGUCAAGGAUAUGAAUGUUGGUUAUGAUUCAGGAUGGGAUAGAGUUUUAUUGUUAUGGCCAAUCAUUGUUCGCCAUGUAAUUGAUGAAGAAAGUCCUUUAUAUGGAAUGACACAAGAAAAUAUGAAAGAUCAAGAUUUUGAAUUGAUAAUGACAGUUGAAGGAAUUGUAGAAGCAACUGGAAUGACAUUUCAAGCACGAACAUCAUUCUUACCAGAUGAAAUAAAUUGGGGACAACGGUUUCAAAGUUUAGUUGUGUAUAAUGAAGAAAAAUGUGCUUAUCAGGUUGAUUAUAGUCGUUUUGAAUGCACAGAACAUGCAGAUGAUGUUAAGAUUGACCCGAUUCCUGAGUUGGUGGAGGAGGAUGACGAACAUCCCUUACUACAUAAUGCAUCCGGUUUUACUUAA